CAACGUUGCCACACGUGCUAAAAUGUGUUUUGUUUUUCGAUUUUCCAAAUAGCCGGUAACGCCACUGCUUUGUUGCAACACGUGUAGCGAUUAGAAAUUUUGUUGCCUUUAUUAUUACACUUGAUUUUUGACAAUAUCCGGGCAAAAUGGGUAAGCCGAAGAAGGCCAACGUGGCAACGAUAAAAAAUGUGAAUCUGGAGAAGCAGAUCACCGAGGGCAGGGUAGCUAAAAACAAGAACAAGGAUAAGGUCAAACUGCGGGCCGAGGAAUCGGCGAACAUCGAUGCCAGGAGCAGUCAAAAGAUCCUGGCCGCGGCCAAGCUGCAGCAGUUGGAGCUGGACGAGGAGAACUUUCCCAGUCUUGUGGCCGUCAAGAAAGUCAACUUCAAUUUGAAUGAUGGCCAUGUCCAGAAGGAUGAAGAGGUCAACGAGACUGACUUCAUGGCCGACCUAGACAUGGACGACGACGAUGUGGCCGCGUUCGAGCGCUUCCACAAGCCAGCACAGGAGGGCAAGCGUACGUUGCACCUCUCCAAGAUGAUCAUGCAGAAGAUCCAGGAGAAGGAGGCCGACAUACACACUAAAAUCUCUGACGAGGGCUCACUAAAGAUCGAGGAGAUCGACCCGAAAGUGAAGGAGAUGUACGAGGGCGUGCGCGAUGUGUUGAAACGCUAUCGUAGCGGCAAGAUCCCUAAGGCCUUCAAGAUCAUACCAAAGCUGCGGAACUGGGAGCAGAUCCUGUUCAUCACUGAGCCCCAUAAUUGGAGCGCUGCCGCCAUGUUCCAGGGCACCCGCAUCUUCUGCUCGGUGCUGUCGCAGGCAAUGGCCCAGAGGUUCUAUAACCUGGUGCUCCUGCCACGAGUUCGCGAUGAUCUCUGCGAAUAUAAGAAGCUCAAUAUGCAUCUGUACAAUGCACUGAAGAGGGCUCUAUUCAAGCCGGCUGCCUUCAUGAAGGGCAUCAUUCUGCCGUUGCUCGAGGGCGGCGAUUGUACAUUGCGCGAGGCGAUCAUUUUCGGCAGCGUGGUGGUCCGCAGCUCCAUUCCCGUCCUGCACUCCUCCGCCUGCCUUCUGAAGAUCUGCGAGAUGGCCUAUUCGGGAGCUAACUCCAUAUUCAUCCGCUACUUUCUGGACAAGCGGUAUGCUCUGCCCUAUCGCGUCGUGGAUGCCGCAGUCUUUCACUUUCUAAGAUUCGAGAACGACAAGCGUGAGUUACCAGUGCUAUGGCACCAGAGCCUGCUCACCUUUGCCCAGCGCUACAAGAACGAUAUAUCCUCCGAACAGCGGGAUGCACUGCUGCAGUUGCUUAAGAAGAAGAGCCAUUUCAAGAUUACACCCGAUGUGAGGAGGGAGCUGCAGGCGGCCAGUUGUCGCGAUGUGGAAAUGAUGGAGACGGAUAAUGGCCUGGCUGGGCAGCCAGCCAAGAUGUACACGGAUGCCGAUGUGGAGUACGAGGGCUGAGGCGGUGUAAAUUAAGGAUAACUUUAAGAUGAUAUUGUUUUACUAUUUAAUAUCGGAUAGUCGUUAAAUAUGUAAAUAUACCUACAUAUGCAGUGAAAAUCAAA